UCCGGCUUCCUCCUCGCGGUGGUCAUUUUAACUUUUUAGGUCUUUGUUCAGACUCACAGGCUUUAGGACGCUGGUCGUGAGUAGGAGGAGGCCUAGGAGGCAGCGCGCCUGCUGUGUGGGGUGUGUCUGACGGUCCUUGAGCCCAACAGCCCGAGAUUGGGGUCCCCGUUCCUCCGGGACUCCUCUCUGCUCACAGCGUCCCCGCAGCCUGACCCCAUUUCACUCUCCAGUCUUGGAGACCCGGCCUCUCAGGUCCCGCCGCCCAGGUCCCAGCGCGCAGAAUGGAUAUGAACUUUGAGGAUGUGGCCAUUGCCUUCUCUCAGGAGGAGUGGGGGCUCCUUGAUGAGGCUCAGAGACUUCUGUACUGCGAUAUGAUGCUGGAAGUGUUUGCACUUGUGUCAUCUGUAGAUUGUGGGCAUAAAAUGGAUGAUGUGAAGGCCUAUUGUGAGCAGAGUGUAUCCGUAAAAGGAGUAUCACAGGUCAGGGCUUCCAAGACAGCUGCAGCCACCCAGAGGACCCAUCUGGGUAAGCCAUGUUUCUCAGUGUUAAAAGAUAUUUUGCACCUGAGUGAGUUACAAGUGAUAUACUUUGAGAAGAAUGUGUCCUUAAGUGAUGCAUGUGUGAGAGACUUUUGUUUCAGUGCAAACCCUCACCAGCAACAGAAGGAUGCCAGUGGAGAGAAGCCCUGGAAAGAAGAUAUGGAGAGUGCCUCGCUUGUGACGAGUUGCUGCUUCUACUUAUCUGGGAUGCCUGCAGCCAAUAUGAAAGUUGGGGAAGACUCCCCAGCCAUCUCAGGGCUUCUCCAGUACCAGGCCACUCUUAACACUGAGGAUGUCUUAGAUCACGAGGGUAGCAACCUGAGACAGCAGAAACUUGACCGGCAGUGGGCCCUGCUGGAGAAGCAGAAGACGAAGACGAAGGGAGAUUACAGAAGCUGA